AUGGGCCUGCCCGAGUGGUGCCUCGAGGCCGUGUCCAGCAUGGGUUUCACCGAGCCCACACCAGCCCAGGCGGCUGCAAUCCCACUCUUUCUGGGCAACUCUGAUAUUGUCGUGGAGGCGCCAACAGGAAGUGGAAAGAGUCUUUCAUUUCUGAUCCCCCUUGUUGCACGCAUCCUGAGGAGAUUUGGCGAUCAGGAUGCCGCACCGAUCAAGCGUGGACACGUUGCGGCCGUAAUCCUAGCACCGACACGAGAACUGGCCGUCCAGCUGCACCGUGUGCUGUUGGGGCUCAUCGCAUUCCAUGCUCCAUCAGCAGCUAUUCUACCAUACCUGCAACCACGAUCGAAGCAUCUGAACGAGGAGGAGGACAGUAAAAGGGGCAAGGGCAAAGGAAGCAAGAAGAAGCCAGGAUCGGGUCUCUCUGCGGACGGCAAACGGAUAGCUGGCGAGGACGACCCCAAUGCACCAUCUUUGCUCGCAAACACCCGACGACCCGAGACGGCCGAGGCCGUGAUCGUACCACAACUCGUGAUCAGUGGCGCAUCGAUCAAAGCCAGUGGAGAUUUGGCAACCUUUGUGCGCCAAGGCACGAACAUUCUCAUCGGCACCCCCGGCCGAUUAGCAGAGAUGCUGUCUAGUCAAGUCGUGAACUCGACAGCAUCCUUCGAGGCGCUUGUGCUCGACGAGGCCGAUCGCUUGUUGGACCUUGGUUUUGCGAACGAACUGCGCCGCAUUCUCGCGUUUAUCCCGAAACAACGGCGGACAUUCUUGUGUUCCGCAUCGGUCAACGAAGCCAUCAGCGAACUGAUCAAGAUGAACUUGAGAAACCCGAAGCGCGUUGCUGUGCGAGUACAAACACCGAAACAGAGAGAGGCACAGAAAGGAGGCCAGCAUACACUGGAGGCUGCGGCACCUGCUCUAGAAAUCGAAGAGAGGAAAACACCAGCCAGUCUACUCAACACAUAUAUGGUGCUGCCCUCUAGCCAAAAACUGCCGGGCCUGGUACAGCUGCUUGAGCAAAUCGAACCGAGACCCCAGCGAACACUAGUGUUCCUGGCAUCGUGCUUCGCCGUCAUGUACUUCUCGGCAGUACUGCCGGCCAUUAUGCCUGAAGGCUACGUUGUUUUGUCGCUGCAUGGAAAGAUGAAGCCGCACGUGCGCGAAAUUGCAUAUGAGCGGUUUUUGUCGUCUACAAAGCCGUGCAUCUUGUUGACCACUGAUGUCGCCAGUCGUGGCCUGGACGUACCGAACGUUGACCUCGUGAUCAACAUCGACCCACCAACUGACCCAAAGACUUUCCUGCAUCGUUGUGGUCGCACAGGCCGUGCCGGCCGUCGUGGUCUAGCCGUCACCAUGCUACGGCCUGGCCGUGAGGCCGAGGGCUACGUUCCGUUCCUGGCUGUGCGGAAAACUCCUGUUGAGCUUCUAGGGGUGGUUGUGCCUGACCUGGUCGGUGUGCUCGGCGCCCUGCCGGCAAACGAGGAAGCGGACGGCAGUGCCGACCGGGAGGCGGCAACCGCAAUUACCAAGGCCAUUCGCGAUCAGGUCAAGGCUGAUCGUGAAAUCCAUGAGCUGGGCCGGCGUGCAUUUGUGUCGUGGGCCCGUGCCUUCAAAGAGCACCAGGCGUCGUCGAUUUUCCGGCCUGCUGAUGUGGACUGGGUCGACCUAGGCCAUGCGUGGGGUCUAGUGCAGCUGCCCAAGAUGCCGGAGCUUCGAGCGGCGGGGAUCACAGAUCGGUCGUUGGGUCUGGAGGGUGAAAUCGACGUGCGUGCGAUCCCCUUCAAGGACAAGACAAAGGAGAAGGCGCGCCAGGCGGAGAUGCGGGCAAUGGAGCUCGCGGCGGCCGAACGUGACUUGGACGCCGAGGCGGCAGCAGCAAGGGCGGCCCAGCUCGAGAAGCGGAAGCGCAAUACGGCAUGGAGCAGUAAAGCGGACCGUGACAACGUGCGCAUAGAGCGGCGCGACAAGAAGCGACGCAAGAAGGAUGCAGAGCGCCUGGCGCAGAUGACGCCUGAAGAGCGGGCAGAGCAAGAGCGUAUUGACGCUAUUGUUGCAGGCAUCCGACGCAAGAAUGAGUCUGAGGCAGCUGGUGCUGCUAACGACGACGAGGGCUGGGGUGGUAUUGCUGAUUAG